AUGGCCGAGGCUUUCGGCAUUGCCGGCAGCGCUUUCGGAACAGUUUCCCUGGGACUCCAGCUAUUCACCGAGAUAUCUAAGUAUCUCGAUAGCGUUGAAGGCCGGGAUGAAGAUCUUGAGCGCGCAAAGAAUUAUGCGCGAGACUUUCAGUCAUCCUUAAUCUCGCUGAGGACAUGGGCUUCUAAUACGGGUUUUAGUGAUACCGACCUUGAAAGAGCGAUCAACCAAGGCCAGGCCAAUUGUGCGGGCGCCAUCAACGAUUUGUCAAAGAUGGUUGCAGAAUUGAAAGGUCAGGAUCUGAAACCCAACAGUCGCACUUCGAAGGCCAGGACCCUUUAUGUCAAACUCAAAUAUCCAUUCAAAAAGCAAAACUUGGAGAACUUGGAGAAACAAUUAUUCAAUGCAAUCAGCGUUCUACAGUUCGCCCUAAAUAUUUUGCACAUGCUAAGUCCAGCGAUCAGAAAGAGUGGUUAUGUUACCCAAAUUUCCAUCCAAGGUAUAGAACAGACUCUCGGCGAUAUACUUACUCGACUUCCCGAGCCCAAUAGGUCAAAUUGUAACAAUCUGCUCCUUGAUAGGGAUGAAGAUGCCGCCGAAACGGCUAUCGACAGCGUCGUAUGCCCGCGAGAUCCAACGCCGGUGUCAGCAAUUAAAUCAACAAGAUAUCAAAAUGGGAAUUUGUGGACGAUGAAUUCCUUCUGCAUCUGCCGAAAGAACUAUAAACGGCGCGAACGGCGACAAUGGGGUCCUUUCAUUGUCGAAAAUGAAAUGAGCUUCACAGACUAUCAUUCACCUGGGUGCCCGUUUUCAACGCAGCAACCUCUGAAACAACAAACAAAGCGGACAUUGAAAUUUCCUAUCCCUUUUAUUGACAAGCGCUGGAGAAACACCGGCCAAUUUUCGCUAUUCCUUACAGCAGGCACCGGUGGGAUGGGUUUCGGUCAAAGUCUUGCCUGGGUUGAAACGGUCGACACAGGCCAGUCCCCUUCCUUCAAGAUUGUAGAAAUAGCGAUAUGUCAUCAACCUCUCACUACAAAUGAAGACAGUGAGGCACUCUUAUUGUCAUGUUACAGGCGACUCAAGUGGUGUUUUGCCAACAGAAGGGCGUCAAUUACCGAUGUGGACCGAUCUGGUCGAUCGAUCGUCGAUCACAUAACAUCCGCCACCUUAUUUGCUCUCACUUCAGGCAGAGUCUGUUUUGGUGAUGAAGCUCUACAAGUCUUUUGUAUGCUGGCCCCUUUCAUCAAUCCUGCCACACAUCCAGAAUCAAGAACAAGGUGUGAUGAGUCUGCAGGUCAAGAUUGCACGUCUCCAUACUCUUACAACAUCCCUCGGCAGCAAUUUGACUUAGUUAAAGACUUCCCAGAAAUAUCUAACUAUCUCGAAUUUGGUCAGCUCAGUAGGCUCGUUCUCAUGGAAGAUCAGGAUAAAGUCAAAGACUUUCUAGAGAAAUAUCCAUCAUCCAUCAAUGAGAUCAAUUAUCUUGGUCAGACUCCUGUACACAUCGCGGUUCAGACUCAGGAUGCGACGAUCUUGAGAGUGCUUGUCAAUCAUGCAGAUCGCAAGGUGCUGAACACUAAAGAUAAUAACGGUCAUUAUGCAAUCGAUCAUGCGACUGACGCAUUAUGUCAUGCUCGUAAACCUGGAAAAGAACCGGGAUCGAAAGUAUGUAACGGCUGCAAAGUCCUCGACGUACUACUCCGCUCCGAAUCGGCGAUUUUUACACAUUCUGUCCAACGAGCCAUGCAGCUACCGUGGAUUCAUGACAUCCCUAGCUGCAUAGAGGGCAAAAAGAAUAUCAUCCGGUGUCUAGCCUUGCGAAGGAAGGAGCUGAGAACACUAGUACAACGCGAGCUCACUCCAGCAGAAAGACAAAACUUGAAAUUGUGCCAAGCUGGUAUUCUAGAUCAGAACGCGGUCCUGGCCCAGCGGUGCCUGGAGGCAAAGAAAUGCCAGGUUCCGAUGCAUCUGAAAGUGUACGAUAAUGCUGAGAGACCAGAGGAUUCCAAAUCAAUCUACCUGCUUAUCUCUCAUGGCGAAGUUGCCGAAUCUGCACUGCAAAGUGGCUUCCUUAUGCCGAUAACUUUAUUUGAUGACGUCUUUCGCUCGCUAGCGGAAUGGCUGGGCUCUAGUCGUUCCAUCCCUGGCAAUCAAGCCUUCUUGUUCUCAUCAUAUAUCUGUUGGUUGGUUGAUCAUGGGGGGGAUCUCCACUCCACUGUCCCGAAUCUAGGGGGCCGUAAAACAGCAGCGCACUACCUAAUGGCCUACCUCGGCAGGAGUCAAUGGUCUUUCCAGCUUGGAAAUCGCGUCCCUCUGUCACCAAAAGUCUCAAGCAUCAUUUUUGAGGAAGAUAAUGUUGACGACUGCCGAUGCCAAUGUUCCCCAAAAGGAUGCACGCCUUUGACCAAAUUUCUAGCUGUCAUAAAUCGGAAACAGACUUGGGUUCUCAAGUUCGGGAUUUCCAAAACCAUAAGUAGUGUCCUUAAACACUUUGAAUAUCUGUAUGGUCUACUAGGCCAUGUUGGCUACAACCUAGCCAAGGAACAUUGGAUUGAUAGCGCGGCUGUGCGUCACUUUACGUUUUUGAUCCUUGAUCUUCGUCAUACUUGUUGCCGCUUAGGUUAUGCCUGUGGUGAGGAGGCCUCUGGUCCAUUAUCGACAGGAGAUCGUCACGAGAUUGAAGAGGAGGACAGCUCGCGACUAGAGCUAUUUGAACAACUCGUUACGGAGUUCGGAAGAGAGCGUGGUAAUUAUGCUGAUCUGUUAUCCUUUGCACGAGAGUAUUGGGCUCCAAAGAUGGAGGCUGUCGACCGAGGAAUCGAGUCAUAUGUCCUGACAGAAACUCAGCGACAAUCAGCUGAGGCAGCUGGAGUUGUAUGGGAAUGUUAUGGCCCACAGCUUCCACCGUGUGGCGAUAGCAUAACGGUAGAGACAGAGGAAGAAGAGGUGGUUAGUGAACUGGAGAAAGUUCUGAGGGAGUUAGAUGAAAUUGCUACAGAUCCUGCAAGACCAAGUCUUGUAUAG